UCGACUUGCCACCAGCGGCAAUGGGUCUGGCCUCAUUCAUUCUGGACUUUCUCUCCUCGCUGGCUGUCCACUCACCGGCUACGCUACAGCAGCUGUAUGGCGACCCAUGGGCGGCCCAUGGCGUCCUCCGUGCCCUCCCUCCGCUGGCCAAGAACUUCACCAUGCGCAUGCUGUACUUGACGGGGCCUCUGGCUGCAAGGUCUGUCCUCGAGUGGACGCCCGUCGAGUCGCGCUAUCUUGCCCGGGACGCCCUGUGCAAGCUGUAUCUGCUCAGGAUGGUGCUGAUCAAGUCAGAGGCCGGCUCGUCGUCGCUAGAUGAGGCGCUGGCCGCUGGCCUCAGCGAUCCGUCUGGAGAUGAGGACGCUCUCACUGCUGCCGUUGCUCGCGCUCUGGAGGAUGUGUAUGCGCCUGGUGCGCUCAUCUGCCUUGAUCCGGUCUUCCAGGCCUCGCUUCAAUCUGCGCUGGCUGGCGAGGCGCCGACGCCGUGGAUCGCUGACGCCGACCCGUCGUCGCUCGACGGCGCAGACCUGCCGUCGGCAGCCACGCUCGAUUCGUUUGCCGAGACCAAGUGGGAAGCCAUUCUCGAGUUUCUCAUGGGCACGCCGUCAAGCGAUCUCGAGCCUGGCGUUGAGGCCAUGCUCGCCGCUGCUGGGCUCAUUGUCGACCACGACUCGGACGAAACCGCUGCGCCUGUCCUCACCCCCGCAGGCUUCAAGUACCUGCUCAAGGACGUGUACACCCAGAUCUGGACCCUCCUUGUCGAGUUCAUCUCGGUCGCGUCGGAGCAGGAGAACUCGAUGGCCUCGGUCAUCCGCUUCCUCUUUGUCCUCACCUUUCUCGAGGUCGGCCAGCCGUACCGCAUGGACGCGCUCUCUGAGUUUGAGCAGACGCUCGUCCUCGACCUUCACGCACUCGGCCUCAUAUAUCUCGCGUCGCCUGACUCUGCGCUCGGCCGCGAGUACUACUUCCCCACCAAGCUUGCCACACACCUCAUGACCGGAAACAUCGAGCUCGAGGACGACCACAAGUACAUCAUUGUGGAGACCAACCUACACCUCUACGCCUACACCACCUCGGUCAUCAAGAUGAACAUCCUCUCCAUGUUCACCGCCAUCACAUGUCGCCUGCCCAACCUGGUGGUCGGAGAAAUCACCCGCUCGGUCGUCAACUCGGCAUUUGGCCGCGGCAUCACCGCCGACGAAAUCCUGCAGUACCUCGCCGACCACGCCCACCCCAAGAUGUCGACCCUACCGUCGCUCCUCGACACCUCGACCACUCUCGGUGACCUUGCCCUGCUCUCGGCUACCUCGCCGCUGCAGUCGGCUGCUGCCUCGGUCGCCGCCACCCAGAAGGCCAUGGCUGCUGUCUCCUCGGACGAGGCCGCCAUCGACCGCCCCGCUGACGUCCGCGAAAUCGCCACCUCGUAUUACUUUCCGCUCCACGAGGGCAUCACCGACCAGAUCAAGCUCUGGGAGCAGGAACGCAACCGCAUCGUCUUUGUCCCUGACGUCGUCGUCUACUCGGGCUUUGCCACCAAGAAGGCCUUUAACCAAAUCGUCCAGCUCGCCACCGCCCGCGGCUGCCUCGUCUACGUCACGCCAGCCAAACGCAUGCUGGUGGUCAAGGAGUCGGGCGCCGCCGCCAUCAACGCCACCAUCUCGGGCAUAGAUCCGAACAUGUGA